AUGACUAUGGAACCAGGACUCGGCGGACAGCCCAACGUCCCAGGAAUCAGCCCAACCCCGGGUCCGAGCUCAUUCUCUGACACCACGGGCCUCAUCCGUGCCAGCGGCCCCUACUACAACGACCUGAAAACCACCAUCGCCUCCCUCUCGCAUGCUUCGUCACAUCUUGAAGAACAGACAGCUUAUCUGGAGGAGAUGGAGAAGCGCGUAAAGAUUUCGGAGGUACGCCUUGCGGAGGCGAUAUCGAAGAGGAAAGCGGCGGAGUGGAGGUUUGGGCAGGUCACGGAGAGGACGGAGAACGCGACCGGGAUGUUUGUGAGGAGUGUUUUUGGGCAGAGAGGGAAAUGGGAGGAGAAGUUGAGGGAGGCGGAGAGGGGCUACAUGGAAGCCUUGCAAGAGGAGACGAUUCGAAGGGAGGAUAGGACGAAUGUGUUGAUGCUCCAUAAGGAGGCCCUUGUAGCGCGGCAAGACCUCCAAGAGAAGAUUGAACGCCAUCACACCCUGCAACGAGACCUGAGGCGGUUCUACAACGAGGUAUUCUCGGGGUCUAAUCCCGAGUACCCUGAGGAAGACGCACUAGAGAGCGAGGUUCGAGAUUUGGAGAGGCAACUUGAAAAGACGAAGGAACAGUUGGAUAGCGAUAACAAAGUGGUCGCGCUUCUUGAGAAAGCAUCCGAGGCUAUGAUCUGCGCCGUUGCCUCCGUAGAGGAUGCGGUGGGUGCCUCGAGAAUCGAUGUAGCCAAAGCUAUGAAGAAUUCCUUUUACAUCUCCAGCAUUUGGCCGAAGCAGAGAGGUUUGGCACAAUGCCAGAGGUAUGUCAAGGAGGCGAAGAAGGAGGUGGACAAGGCUGUCGAAAUCUCCUCAAGAGUCAAGCCUUUGAAUACCAAGCAGGUCGGUAUCCCGCCAGACGCGGUCAAUGUCAUCUUGAACGACUAUAGGUCGGACGAAGAGUUGCACGAACGAAUCAAGGAUUAUGCAGUAAAGGUGGAGCUGGCGAAUAUUCACGUGAAGGAGCAAAGACUUCUCGCAGCUCAGAGGCAGGAUGCGACGUACGAGAAGUUCAAAGAGUUAUCGAACGAGUUGGGGAAGAAGAGUAAUGAAUUACUCGAGCUGAGGAAGGAGAUUGUAGAGAGGGUGUUAGACCCGGAGUGGAGGCCUCCUGUGGUUCCGUCAUUCCCUCCCCCCGAGUACGAUGUAGUGAAUGCGACCAUGGAUGGAUUGAGUAUGCACCAGGGUGAGCCUCCUGACCUCGAUGAUGCACCCCCAGUUCCAACGGCGAUUUAA